AUGUCCCGCAUCCUCCAACCUGUUCCACAUCCACAGCCUGCGUCCUCCCGCGCCGCGAGCCUCGCUGACCGCGCUGGCCGUUUCGUGUCCUCAGCGGCGCGCAUCCUGCAGUCGCUGGACCGCAGCGCGCAGCCCUGCGAGGACUUCUACCAGUUCGCGUGCGGCGGCUGGAUCCGGCGCAACCCGGUGCCCGAGUCGCAGUCCUCGUGGGACCAGUUCCGCGUGCUGCGCGGCGACCUGCUGGUGCAGCUGCGCGAGCUCCUGGAGGCGAAAGGCUCCGACGAUGAUCUGCAGCCCGUGAAACAAGCGCGCGCUCUAUACCGCACCUGCAUGGACACAGAGCGGCUGGAGCAGAUGGGCGUGCGGCCGAUGGUGGGCGUGCUGCGGCAGCUGGGCGUGGGCGAAGCGCCGCCCCCGCCGGGCGAAGCCUCGCGCGCCCGCCCCGCGCCCUUCGACUGGGUGCACGCGCUGGGCAGCGCGCACCGCGUGCUGGGCCUCAACGUGCUCUUCGGCUUCUGGGUGGACCAAAUCCCGCCCGGCAUCAGCGAGCGCUACCUGCUGCAGCCCGAGCGCUUCGAGACGGAGCUGCGCGAGUACCGGCGCUACGUGCGCGACAUGAUCGCUUCGUACGCGCGCCACCAGGGGCGCGACGCGCGCCGCCGCCGCCACCACUUCCCGUCGUCCGACGCGGCCGACGACCGCGACGAAGACGACCGCUACGAGGAGGACGAGGACGAGGACGACGACGUGCACGGGCCCGGGCCCGUCCUCAGCGCGCUGCGCGGCGACGCCGGCGGCAUUAUGACGACGGCGGAGCAGCGGCGCGACACAAGGCGCGUCUUCCACGAAAUGUCAGUGCGCGACCUGCAGAAGCUGAUGACGGUGCCGCAGCCAGGAGCGCUCAUGCCGAUGAAUUGGACACGCUACUUGGAGACGGUUUUUAGCAACACCAACGUGACGUUGGAUUUCAACAAGGACAUAGUUGUCGUUAUGGACAGUACCUACUUGGAGAAAUUAGCUGGACUCUUAGCCAACACGGAUCAGGCGACGCUGGGUGAGCUCUAACGAUUCAUCUGGUGGAACGUGUUCUCCACGCUGGCACCACUCACCCUGCAGUCAUUCCGCGACCUGGCCUUCCGGUUUAGCCAGCGAGUGUUCGGGCUAACUCAGAAAACGGCGAGAUGGCAAGGCUGCACUGGCAAUGUGAAUUCCAACUUUGGAAUGGCUGUCAGCUAUCUGUACGUGCAGAAACAUUUCAACAACCAAUCCAAAGCCAAAGUCCAGGUGAAGGAGGGAAAGCUCUUCGAAACCUAUUUGCUGCUCUCAGAGAGAUCAAUCAAGAAAACAUUAGAGGAUCUCCGACGAUCUCCUGAUUACAACAGAUGGGUAACACCUGCAACUGCAGUUAAUGCCUUCUAUUCUCCAGUCUUAAACUCCGUCACUUUCCCAGCCGGCAUAUUACAACCUCCCUUCUAUGGACUAGGGUUGGAAGCCCUGAACUACGGAGCCAUCGGUGCCAUAAUGGGACACGAACUCACUCAUGGAUUUGACGAUCAAGGACGCCGAUAUGACAAGUAUGGCAAUUUAAAACAGUGGUGGACAGAAUCUACUUUACAAGAAUAUGAGAAACGUGUUCAGUGUAUUGUUGAACAGUACAACAAAUAUGAAGUGCCACAAAUUGGUGAAAAUUUUACGGUCAACGGUGUAAAUACACAAGGAGAAAACAUAGCUGACAAUGGAGGUCUGCGUGAAGCACUCCGAGCGUACAGGAAAUUCCGAACGAGGCAAUCAGACCCGGAGCAGCUCUUACCUGGGCUGACGGAGUACUCUCCGGAGCAACUCUUUUUCCUUGGAUUUGCUCACAUGUGGUGCGGAAAUUCAACCCGAGGUGCAAUGCGAUCUCGAGUGGUGGAAGGUGUUCACAGCCCCAACAGGUUCAGAGUGAUCGGCACACUCUCAAAUUCUGAGGAAUUUGCGAAGUCUUGGGGCUGCCGGAAAGGCAGUCAAAUGAAUCCUCAACACAAAUGCAUCUUGUGGUGAUACGCCUUUCUGUGAUAUACUUAUUCACCAGUGAAAAAUACAGAACUUUGUAUCUAUACGAUAAACAUUUCAGGGGUGUGAAUUUGCCAUGGUCAUUUUUUGAGGAAAAUGACGUUCGAUCAUUUGAUGUGUUCCGUAAAUUAUGUGAGUAUAGAACUGUGAUAUUCAAUAAUGAGACACAAAUUGCGAAAAUGUGAAAGCAAUAAACCAGAGUGCCUGAGUUGGUGCUUAAGUGUGACUUUGUAUUUUUAUGUGAAAAGAUUGUAGAUAUUACAUAUUACACAUUAUUUUAAUCGAAAGUUAAAAUAUUUAUUUUAUUGUUAUUAACUUGUACCUUUCAUUGUUGAAAAAAUAUUAAAAAC